AUGGCACGACUGACCAUCUUGGCUGGGUUGUCACUAUUAAUAUGUCUUCAAACAGUGUCUUCAACAAAGCUGGUGUGCUCUUUCACCAACUGGUCACAGUACAGACCAGGUAUUGGCAGAUACCUGCCUUCUGAUAUAGAUCCACACCUCUGCACUCACCUGGUCUACGCCUUCUCCAUCAUCAGCCCUUCUAAUGAGCUGGCAACAUACGAGUGGAAUGAUGAACAGCUGUAUAGAUCCUUCAAUGCACUCAAGCACAGGAAUCCUCAUUUGAAGACACUCUUAGCUGUUGGAGGCUGGAACUUUGGGACCUCACAAUUCACCAUCAUGGUUUCAUCCCCCACCACCCGCCAGCGGUUCAUCCAGUCUUCCAUAAGACUCCUCAGACUGCAUGGCUUUGAUGGGCUGGACCUGAACUGGUUGUAUCCAGGAUCUCGAGGAAGCCAACCGGGGGACAAGAUCAGGUUCACAAUACUUUGCCAGGAAUUUGUGUCUGCUUUUGAAAAAGAAGCCGCUGAGACCAGGAGAGAGCGCCUGAUGCUCACAGCUACCGUCGCAGCUGGAAAGGCAAACAUCGACAGCGGCUACGAGAUCGCCAAGGUGUCAAAGCUUUUAGAUUUUAUCAACGUCAUGACGUAUGAUUUCCAUGGAGCAUGGGAACCUUUCACUGGUCACAACAGUCCUUUGUUCGCGAGUUCUUUUGAUGACGGCACCAACAUCUACAGCAAUGUGGAUUUUGCUAUGAACUACUGGAAAAAUCAGGGGGCUCCUCUUGAAAAGCUCAUUCUUGGCAUCCCGACCUAUGGGCGAACAUUCCGGACUGCAUCAGCUGCUUGUGGUGUUGGUGCACCAGCCAAUGGAGCGGCCUCUGCUCGACCCUACACCCAAGAAGCUGGCUUCUGGUCCUACUAUGAGAUUUGCACUUUCCUGCAAGAAGGCAGCAGCUUGCGCUGGAUCGAUGAACAAAAUGUGCCGUACGCCAUUAAAGGCAAUGAGUGGGUUGGCUUUGAUAACAGACGGAGCUUUGAGAUCAAGGCACGGUAUCUAAAAGACAACAAAUUUGGAGGAGCCUUCAUCUGGUCUUUGGAUCUGGAUGAUUUUACUGGACAUUUCUGUGGACAGGGAGCUUAUCCCUUAAUCAGCUCUCUGUGUUGCUCCUCUGGGAGCGAUCACAGCAUCCAAAUCUUUCGGGUCAACCUGGACCCCUUCGCCAGACACAAGCCUACCAAGUUGUUCGAUGAGGUCGCGGAAAGCGAGCAAGUGAGACAUCCCCUGGUCCUCGAGACUUCUCAGUCGUGGACUUCUCAGAAAGUCCACAAUGAAGUCGAAGAGUUCCACUUCGGGCGAUUCUGCACUUGGAAAAUCCUCGUCCACGUCAUCUUUCAACGACUCAGCCAGCUUGUAGAGAACAUCUCUGUUGUGGGCACUGAAACUGAGUUUACAGCUGCAACUUUAUUUGAAAGCACCAAGGGUACAACCACUGUAGAAGAUCUCACAACACCCUCUGGAACAACCACGUCAGCACACCCUGACACUACAGCUGCAACUUCACAUGCAAGCACCACAACAACCACGAAGGCAACCACAGUAGCACCUGUUACAACAGCUGUGACCCCCCCACCUGUUCAAACGACCACUAAAGCUGUUUCCGGAGAAGGUUUUUGUGUUGGAAAGAAGGAUGGCAACUAUGUGAAUGUCAAUAAUCCCACCUCCUUUUAUCAGUGUGUGAAUGGAAUCACAUACAUUCAGAAAUGUCCUGCGAAUCUUGUUUAUGUUGCUGCAUGCGAUUGCUGUGAUUGGCCAUAA